AUGAUACUGAUACUGUUUUCCAUGUUCUUUUUACUCAUCGCUGCGCAACGAGAUCCGCCAGGAUACACACUUACUCCGCUCAAACCAUGGGAUCCAAAAAAUCCGGCUGUAAGUGGAGGCUCGUCUAAAGGUGGAGCGAAAGGUCCACGUGCCCCGUCAAGCAGCAGUGGCUCCUCUAGCAGUGGAACGAAAGGCUCACGCAGUCCACUGGGCAGCAGUGGUUUAGCUGGCAGAAAAACGGGACGCCUGUAA